UGAUAAAAUAUUUUGCUUUGUAAUUUUGUGAUCUACCCGGAGGAUUUUCUAAAACAGGAUGUCUCACUCCCAUUGCUGCAAUCAUGGCUCUUCCGGUGGUGUGGAUCCAAAUGAAAUUGGCAUUAAUUAUAGUUUGUACACAAAAAUUGAUUUAGAUAAUGUAGAGUGCUUGAAUGAGAGCGUCGAAAAUUCAGGAAAAUUAAUUUUCCGAUCCUACGAGGAGCGUUUUGAUACGGAGAAAAUUGUAGAAAGUGACGCUGAUCCAGAACUGCUCUUCAAUAUCCCAUUCACUGGAAAUGUUAAGCUGAAAGGAAUCAUUGUAAUGGGUGCAGAUGAUGAGACGCAUCCCAACAAGCUCAGAUUGUUCAAGAAUCGCCCAAAGAUGACCUUUGAUCAGACUUCCGUAAAAGCAGAUCAAGAAUUUCAGCUAGCAAUAGAUCCAAAUGGUUCUGUGGAGUACAACACAAAGCCCGUAGUCUUCUCUUCUGUCCACCAUCUAUCUCUGCACUUCCCGGGAAAUUUUGGUGAUGACUCCACCAAGAUUCACUACAUCGGACUAAAGGGAGAAUUCACAGAGGCUCAUCAUCACGGUGUAACAAUCUGCAACUACGAGGUUCGCCCAAAUGUUUCAGAUCACAAAGGCUCAAUCUUCGAUAAUGUUAAUCAGGAAAUAAGAUAGAUAGAGAGAGAGAGAAAAUAUAUAAAAUCAGAAUUUGAAGAUUUAUCUUUUCCGAUCUUGUGUAUACAAUUUAGUUAAAAAAAAAAAUAUGCUUAUAUUCUAAAGAAAACU